AUGUUACUCCUCGGGACUGUUGCUAUAAUGGAAUCGCAUCACUUUCCGUUCGAUAACCUCGUUACUGCUUCCCUCAGGAGCGUACCCAGUGCUCACUGUGCGAAUAAGGAAGAUAGCGAAAUUCUGUUAUCAACGGCAAAAGUGUUGGUGUUUGAUUGUAAUGGUAAGUCGCAUGAAGUGCGGGCUUUGUUAGAUUGUGGCUCUCAGAGCAAUUUUAUAUCUAGUGAGUUAGCCUCUCAAUUAAAGUUAAAAGUAGAAGAAGUAAACUUGUCAGUUAUUAGUGUAAAUAGUUCAGUGACAAAGUGUAAUGAAACUUUAGAAGUCAAAGUGCAGUCUCAAUUUACCGAGUUUUCAAUGAAUUUAAAGGUAUUUGUAUUAAAUAAAAUUACAAAUAACUUACCUUUACGUUUUGUAAAUAGAAAUAACCUUAAAAUCCCGUGUAACUUAUUUUUGGCAGAUCCUACUUUUAAUGUGCCAGGUGCAAUAGAUUUAUUGUUAGGUGUAAAUGUAUUUUAUGAUUUGUUAUCAAUUGGACAAAUUAGGAUCGCUGAAAAUAUGCCUGUGCUGCAAAAAUCCAAGUUAGGAUGGUUAAUAUCCGGAAGUGUGUCAUUAAAUAGUCCUGUAAAUAAAAUUGUAAAUAGAAAUGAAGACGAAAGUGUUAAUUUUAUGCAAACAGUUUGCAGUUUCACUUCGAAUGCCAAUAUUCAAAGGCAAAUGGAGCAGUUUUGGCGGUUGGAGGAGUUGCAGCCAAAGAAAAUAUUAAAAAGGGAAGAGCAGGAGUGCGAAGACUUAUUUGUAAAGACUACGUUACAUCAUGCUGAGGAUGGAAAGUUUGUUGUGGAGUUGCCCACAUUUAAGGAAAUCGAAAACAUCGGAGAUUCAAGAGAGAUGGCAAUUAAAAGAUUUGAGAAGUUAGAAAAAAGAUUGACUGGCAAUGAAAAAAUUAAAAGGGAAUAUAGUGACUUUAUGAAGGAGUAUGAGGAGUUGGGACACAUGACAGAAAUAUCAGAAAAUGAAAUUGAGAGUAAUAGCCCAACCUAUUAUAUGCCUCAUCAUCCUGUAAUUAAAGAGACCAGUACGACCACAAAACUAAGAGUUGUUUUUGACGCGAGUGCCAAAACAACUAACAAUGCAAGUUUAAAUAAAAUGUUGAAGUGCGGGCCAGUGAUCCAGGAUGAGCGGUAUGCCAUUCUGCUACGAUUUAGAGAGCAUAAUUUUGUAAUAGGGGCGGAUAUCGAGAAAAUGUACAGGCAAGUCUGGAUCAAGGCUGAGUUCAGAGAUCUUCAACGCAUAGUAUGGAGAGAAAAUCCUGGUGAAAUAUUGAAGCACUAUAAAUUAAACACGGUGACAUAUGGAACCACGCCUGCAUCUUUUUUGGCUAUUCGUAGUUUGCAUAUGUCCGCUGAUGAAGAACAAGAAUAUUUUCCAGAAGCAUGCAAGGAAAUCAAACGAAACUUCUACGUCGAUGAUUAUUUUUCGGGGUCGUCAACGAUAGAUGGAGCAAUUAAGUUGAAGAAUGACAUUUCCAAAGUUUUAUCCAAAUCUGGAUUCAACUUGAGAAAAUGGGUGACUAAUAAUAAAUCGAUAUUGGAGCAAAAUGAGAAUACUUCUAUCAAGCAUUAUCUUGUAGAAGAUAAAAUGUCUAAAAUUUUAGGAAUCGCAUGGAAUGUCGAAAAUGAUAGCUUGCAAUAUCUUGUGAAUUUAAAAGAUGACGAUAAAUGUACCAAAAGGAGUAUAUUAUCAAUAAUUUCCAAAAUAUUUGAUCCACUGGGCUUGAUAGGUCCAAUUAUCAUAACGGCUAAAAUUAUAAUGCAGAAAUUAUGGAGUGAAAAUCUGGAUUGGGAUGAACCAGUUUCGGAAUCACUAUUAGUCCUUUGGAGAAAAUUUUGUCAAGAAUUACCUGCAGUAAAUGAGAUUAACAUACCAAGGCAUGUAAUGUGUUUCAAAUCUGUUUUUACAGAACUGCACGGCUUGUGCGACGCAUCGGAGCGAGCGUUCGGUGCUUGUGUCUAUCUCCGUUCUAUAGACGAAAACGGAGAUAUUAAGUCAUUUUUAUUGUGUGCUAAGUCAAAGGUCGCACCUUUGAAAACUUUGACUUUGCCUAGGUUGGAGUUGUGCGGAGCUUUGCUGUUGACGAGACUUAUGAAUAAAGUGACAGAGUCUUUAAGUUUCAAUGUAAAUAAAGUGUAUUAUUGGACAUACUCAAAAAUUGUGCUAGCAUGGAUUUCUGUAGAGGCUGCUAGUUGGACAGUGUUUGUGGCGCACAGGGUAGCGGAAAUACAGCUUAACUCAAAUGUUAGCAAUUGGAAUCAUGUAGAUACAGUGAAUAAUCCAGCAGAUUUGAUUUCGAGAGGAUGCGUCCCAGAAAAAUUAAUGAAUUCCCAGUUGUGGUGGACAGGACCCUCUUGGUUAAGUCAAGAAUCCCGAACAUGGCCAGAUGGUUCAUUUUGUUCCGAGGUAGACAUUCCGGAGCAGCGAAAAACCAUACAGGUUUUUGAAUAUUUGUCACUAGAAGGUAUAAAGUGGAACUUUAUACCUCCAAGAUCACCCCACUUUGGAGGAUUGUGGGAGUCUCAUGUAAGGCUAGCUAAAUACCAUUUGAAGAGGAUAGUGGUGCAACAUUUCUGGGACAGAUGGUACCGGGAAUGUUUUAGUGAGCUUAAUAAGCGUUCAAAGUGGCGUUACCAAAACGGACCUAAUGUGAAAGUUGGUGAUAUGGUACUUUUAAAGGAGGAUAAUCUUCCCCCAUUACAAUGGUUGAUGGGAAGAAUUGAACAGGUUUUUCCGGGUUCGGACAAUGUCGUACGCGUAGUGCUCGUUAAAACGUCAAAAGGAAACUCCAUACUUUUGGGCUUAACUCCAGAUGUCCUGAAGACAAAACUUUUAUGUGAGAAACAUUUUUCCGACGAUGAUUACAGAACUGAGAAAAAGCACUAUUUGAAAUUGAACGCUGUUCCCAAAAAGUAUUUUGACCAAAAUGAAGAUCAAAGCAAUUUAAAGGUUCAAACUCCCACCAAGACCUAUUCCAUGAAAAAGCGCACCAUUCCUUUUGAAAGUCCGAUAGCUUCGAAAAAGCGCGCCUUUAAUGAGGAGCUGGAACAUCAAAAUUCACAAUUACUCGAAGAAAUCAUGGACCUUCCAUUUGGACAAAUGACUCCACGAAAAGCUAAAAAGCUAAAAUUCAAAGCUUGUUAG